UGUGAAGAUUUCUUAUCCCCAAUCUCUCUCUAACACCACCCCAAAGCAUUCAACUUUUCAAUUAUUUUCUUUUUUCCUUUUCUCUCUCUAGAAUCCAAAUAUAAAAAUUAUAACUUCAACAACAUUCUUCUUUUUCUUUAAGAGAGAGAGAGUGGCCCAGUUGAUUGAAAUCUUCAUCUCUUCUCUUUUCUUUUUUCUUUCAAUAUGAUGAUGAUCUAACUUCCUUUGAUGUUUUUACAGAACACCCACUUUUUUUUUUUCAGCUCAAGUUUAUUACUGUAAUUUUUUUUUUGGGUUGUUGGAAAAGCUUUAAUCUUUUGUUGAUACUCUGGGAAGUUUGGGAGCUUUGGAAUUAUGUAUGACGGGGAAAUAUAGCAGCUAAAUCCAUGGGAGAAUCUUGAAGGUGAUGUGAUUAGAGGAUGUGGGUCUGAGGGACUGCUAUUGCAGCAUGCAUCAUUUGAAAGUGGGGAUAAGCUCAAUGAGGGUGUUUAUUUUCCUUAAUAGUACGAUUCAUCCUAUGUCAAAUUAAUUAGACUUGUUUAUUGAUUUCAGGAAUGGGAACAAAAGUUCAGUCGAAAAGCUAUUUGCCAGGAUUUUACUCAAUGAGGGAUUUCAACGAGGACUCUAAUGGUUGUAGCUGGCCACUUUAUUAUGGGGAUAAAACCUUGACAAACGGUCAGUACUACAAUAGCUUUUUCCCGAGGGCCAUUGCAGAUGUGUAUCCUGAGUAUGAUAAGGACCGAUUGAAGAGAACAAUGCUUGAGCACGAGGCUAUAUUUCAUAAUCAGGUUUCCGAGCUUCAUCGCCUGUACAGAAUACAAAGGGACUUGAUGGAUGAAGUGAAAAAGAAAGAAUUACAAAAAGAUCAGGUUCCUACUGGACCAUCAUUAUCAUCAAGCUUGUUAGCGUCGCAAAUUACAAGUGAAGUUGCUCACAAAUGUCAUAUCCCCAACUCCCCCGUGGCAAAUUCUGUUUGUGGUAGACCAUCUAUUUCUGGAGUUGAAGAUGCUCAUUCUCGCCUUAGUUCCGUGAAGGGAAGCAGCAUCCAAGCUGGUCCCUUUUUGUCCCAAAAUGGAGUUAAUUUAAAGGAUGUUGAGGUGCUAGAGUGCAGGCCUACAAAAGUGAGAAGGAAAAUGUUUGAUCUUCAACUUCCGGCAGAUACAUACAUUGAUAUUGAAGAAGCGGAAGAGUUUCGGAAUGACAUAGCAUCCGGCUUUUCAACUUAUCUUCCAAAUGGAAAUGGGAAAAUUGAGCCAGAGAGUGGUGGGAAGCCAUUUCGUAAUGGUGUUGGAAAGACUAGUUGCCACGGAGAUGGAUCAAAAUCUGAUGCAUGUUCGAAGGGCAAAAGUUGUUUGGCUGACUUGAAUGAGCCAGUUGAGAUUGAAGAAACCAAUGGUUCUGCACAUUCUCACUUUGUACGCCAUGAUCGCUAUCAUAGAGGUCAUGAACUGUCAGCAAAACCAAAGCCAGAACUUCUUGGUUUCCCAAAAGACAUUUCUGUGAAUUUUCAUCGCCAAAGUGAUAAUCGGUCCAUAACUAAUUUGCAUGUUGAAAACAAUGAGAAUGCUAGAGGAAUCUUUUCCCAUGUGCUUGAAGCUGGGCACAGUAAAGGCAACUCAACGUCUAUUUCACAAAGUUUUCAGCCACAGAAGUUGCCUGUACCGUACCAGCAAGUACAGGUUCUUUUCGAGAAAGCUCAUGAUCCACCAACGUUUUCACUAACUGACCGAAGCAAGGCGGAUUUCUCAAGAGACAGAAUGCUUCAAAGUUUUGAAGUUUCGGGAAGAAACCAUGAAAUCUCCAAUAACAGCUAUCCAGAGUCAAACAUGAUUUCUAAGGUUAGUUUGAAUCUGUUUGCUUCUUCUGAUACGGUAAAUCCAUGGUCUCAUUCGAUUUCUUCUUUGGAAAAGCCUUCGAGCAGCUUGAACCAGAAGUCAUUGUCAGUUCAGACUCACCCAUCUUUGAAUUCAUAUGGUCCUUAUGGUAAGAGUUCUGGCAUAUCACCCCAUAGCAAUGAGAGUUUCAGCAAGAAAAGGCAAGAAAGUAGCAAUUCUAAACUUAACCCUGCUUUUGGAAGUGAAUUUUCCUAUCGGAACGGUUUUCAUUAUGGAUCCUCGUCGGGGUCCAAGGAACUUGGAGUUCAGCUCCUUUCUACCAGUUAUGGUAGUAAUGUUGGUAAGGUGGUCUCUGAGCAAUUCCCUACUCAUGGUUCGACUAUGCCUUACAACUGCUCGAACGGUGUUGAUAUGAAGUCUGCUAUCGAUGUGAAUUUGAAUGUGGUGCUUUCAAACAAUUCAUCUAACAUGCCAGUUACGCAACGAGGUCCUCAAAUAGAUUUACAAAGAAAGCAUGAAGACCAUCUACCAGGGCUGCCAUGGCUAAGGGCCAAGGCUGCUUGUAAGAAUGAGGCGAUAAGUGCAAGGAGGGACUUGAACUUGAACGUUGGAGAGUCAAUCUUCUUUCAAUCUUCUUCGAAGAAAUCGACCAAUAAAAAUGAGACUGGAAAUGGUUUCAGUCAAAUUUUUCCACAGAAUGUGAAGUCAAUUUCAUCCUCCAACAAUGCCGAUGCCAACAGGAGUGAAAUAAGUGAAUGUCUGCAUGAUAAAAGGAUUUUAGGGGUUCCCAUUUUUGAAAAACAUUAUGUUUCUGAGAACGAGUCUUCUUUUACCUCCCCAUAUGUAUCUGGUUCUCAACCAUCUGAAGGUGAAGCAGAAAAUAAGGGGAGAAAUAUGUUACUUGAUAUUAACUUACCUUGUGAUGUGUCUCUUGAUGCGAGCCAAGACAAUGUUGCAGAGAAUUCGGCCAUAGAGAAGGAAGCAGAUAUGAAGAUAUCAAGUUUCGGACAUCAAAUUGACUUGAACUCGUGUGCUGUUGAGGAUGAAGCUUCUUUUAUACUGAAUGUUCCAAGCACUGGUAGGAAGAUGACUGGAGGAAUAGAUUUGGAAGCUCCACUCAUUCCCGAGCCUGAGGAUGUUAUUCAUGGAGAAGAAUUAUCAGAAAAGGCACAUGACUUACCUCUGGUAUCAGCAGAAAGCCGAGAUGAGUCCUUGCAGGAUGGACCUAUGAAGAGUGCAGCUGAGGCAAUAGUGGCCAUCUCAUCAUCCGGUCAUUGCAGUCAUUUGGAUGAUGUCAAUUGCAAUUCAUCUGAAACUUCUACAACAGACCCCCUUAACUGGUUCGCUGAGACAGUUUCCUCUUUCGGCAAGGACCUUGAUAGCAAGUUGGAGGCUAUUUCGAGAGAUAAAGAUGGGGGUCGAGAUGAAUCUUCUUUAGAAGAUAUUGAUUCCUUUGAAUCAAUGGUUUUGAGACUAGCAGAAACCAAGGAAGAGGAUUACAUGCCGGAGCCUCUAGUUCCCGAAAACUUUAAAGUGGAAGAAACAGGAAGUACCUCAUUGUUAACAAUACGAACACGAAAGGGCCAAGGAAGGCGAGGAAGGCAGCGGAGGGACUUCCAAAAGGACAUCCUUCCAGGUCUUGCUUCUCUAUCAAGGCACGAGGUCACACAAGAUCUUCAAACAUUUGGAGGGCUUAUGAGAGCAACAGGUCAUUCAUGGAAUUCUGGAUUGACGAGAAGAAAUUGUGGUAGGGGGAGGCGACGUUCGAUAACUACCUCCCCUCCUGCUUCAGCAGCAGCCACAAGUCGCACACCAUUAAUGCAGCAGCUUAAUAACGCCGAAUUGGGGCUCGACGAUGGAAGCCUUACUGGAUGGGGGAAGACAACUAGACGUCCUCGCAGGCAAAGAUGUCCCGCAGGUAACCUACCAUCUCUUGCAUUAACCUAAUUACGAGGAUACCAUAGAGAGAACUAGGUCAAUCAUUGUUUCUUCAUCACAUUUGGGAAGAGGUUAUUGUGAUUCUCGGAUUUCCUUUGUACAUAUCUUAGCCUGAAAUCUGGCUGCACUUGAUUGUCUGUCUUUUGAGUGGUUAUAAACAACUUGCAUUAUUCAUAA